ACCUUUCCUCCUUAGCCAACUUGUUUAGAAUAUUUUGAAAACACUAAUAAUCCUGUUCUCUCUUUUGGACGGAGAAUAUUCUUAAUUGUAGAAGGAUUUGGUUGUUAAUAGAAGGUCCUGGUUCGCCAUUGUGAGAUAAUAUUAGAGAAAAGCAGGUUUGCUAAGUAGCGAAAGUGGCCCAGCGCACCAGAGUCUCCAUCUUGAAACUAAGGCACGAUGUCACGUGACUCUCCUGCUAUUUUUUUUUCUUCACCAGAGUCCGGCGGAGAUUCCCACUCGAACACAAAAGCCCCCGUUCGGCUCCGAGUUAUGUCGACUUUAUUCCCAAGCUGAUUACUGCAAGCGUGUUUUAACUACAGCCAUCGAUCGGCUUUGGAAAGUGUGUUCUGGAAGUGAUUUUUACUGCUUUUUGUGGGUUUGAGUGACAGCUGAGUGCCUGGUGACAGCCCACACGGGACGGCAGCCCGCAGAGCCGAACCGAUCCUCAACAUGGCAGGUCUAUCUUUAUACUUUGAAGACGGCCAUGACGAUCUGGAUGAUUUUGGAUUCGAUGACUAUGGUUCAGAGUGUGACAGCAUCCGCAUCACGGCCUUCCUCGAUGCAGGCCAGGACAACUUGACGCCCCUCGGGAGGCUAGAAAAGUACGCCUUCAGUGAGAAUGUCUUCAACAGGCAGAUCGUGGCUCGCGGGCUGCUCGAUGUGCUUCGUGAGUUCAGCGAUAAUGAAAAUGACUUCAUCAGUGUCAUGGAGACAGUUGCUAGAAUGUCCGAAGAUGGAGAGCCGACAGUGCGAGCCGAGCUGAUGGAGCAGGUCCCCAACAUCGCCAUGUUCUUACAUGAGAGUCGGCCCAACUUCCCUGCCGCUUUCUCCAGAUACUUAGUACCUAUCGUGGUACUCUAUCUGACUGAUCCCAACAACCAGGUGAGAAAGACCAGCCAGGCGGCACUGCUGGUGCUGUUGGAGCAAGGCCUCAUCUCAAAGUCCGACAUGGAGACCAAAGUUUGUCCGGUUCUUCUGGAACUCACAGAACCCAGAAGCGAUGAUGAUUACAAGAUUGAAGCGGUUGCUAUCAUGUGCAAAGUGGUGACCAUGCUGAGCAAAGACACAGUGGAGCAGCUCCUACUGCCGCGCUUCUGCGAUUUGUGCAGUGACGCCAGACUCUUUCAAGUGCGGAAGGUUUGCGCGGCCAAUUUUGGAGAGUUCUGUUCAAUUGUGGGUCAGGAAGCCACAGAAAAACUAUUGAUUCCCAAGUUUUUCGAACUGUGCUCGGACAGCCUGUGGGGCAUCAGGAAAGCCUGCGCCGAGUGCUUUAUGAUGGUCUCAAAUUCUACCUCGCCUGAGGUGCGACGUGCAAAGUUGUCUCCGCUCUUCAUCAGCCUCAUCAGUGAUCAGUCCCGAUGGGUGCGGCAGGCUGCUUUUCAGUCUCUGGGCCGUUUCAUCUCCACCUUCGCCAACCCAACCAGUGCAGGCCUCCACUUCAGAGAUGACGGCGGGCUACUGGAUGUUUCUAGGUGCACGUCAGACAGCGAUUGCUCCUUGAACUCCCUCAACUGCGCCGACAUCAGCAGCCGCCGCACUGAGAGGACAAUAGCUCAUACGCCUCCCAACCAAGACGGCCGUGCCACGCCAUCGCCGGAGCACGUGCCAGCUGCCGAGGAGAUGAACUACGAUGACAACAACCAUAGCUUCACUCCCGGAGAGGGGCUGGACAACCCGGUGCACACUGGCAACAACGCCAGGAACGCCAAAGAUGCCACGCAGGCGGACGAGAACUUUAACUCCUUCCACUUUUGGAGGCCGCCGCUACCAGAUAUCAGCGGGGAAUUGGAGUUGCUUAGCUGUCAAAUGGGGGACAUGAUUGAGAAGAAGGAGGAGGAGAGGAAAGAAGAGCAGAAAGAAGAUUUCAGAAGCACUUCCGAUUCUAAAGCCAGUUCGGGUAAGAGUACCAGUCACCAGAUCCAAAUGGUUUUGGACUGUUUGCAGCCACAUAUUGACGACCCCGAUGUCCAAGCUCAAGUUCAGGUUUUGGCAGCGGCUCUGAAGGCUGCUCAGCUCGACAGCCCGUCCGAUGACAGUCCCACGGAAAACCAGCCGGCAGAGCCUUCUGCGGACAGCGACACCGACAGCCCGCUUAUUGAAAGCAAAUCACCGGAGGUUCAGUCUGAGGUUGACGAAACUCUCGCGGAAGAGGAACAAACGACAGAAAGCAUCGAGGAAACUGAAACAUGUCCGGUCCAGGAACAAGGAGAUGAGACAACACAAACGGAACCUUUGGAGGAUCCAGAAGAGACGCCACCUGGCUCCCCGGUUUUGGUAUCAGAACUAAUUGAAAGUGUGGAGGAAGAGGGAAAAGAUGACUCAUUGUGCGAAGAUAAGCCUAAAGUCCAGAAUGUUAUUCCUCAGCAAUUGUUGGAUCAGUACCUCUCCAUGACAGACCCAGCACGAGCUCAGACAGUAGAUACAGAGAUAGCAAAGCACUGUGCCUUCAGCCUGCCAGGUGUUGCGCUCACUCUGGGUCGGCAGAACUGGCACUGCCUCAAAGACACGUACGAAACAUUGGCCACUGAUGUGCAGUGGAAAGUGCGCCGAACGCUGGCAUUCUCCAUCCACGAACUGGCAGUCAUUCUAGGUGACCAGCUAACAGCAGCGGACUUGGUGCCCAUUUUUAACGGCUUCCUCAAAGAUCUGGACGAGGUCCGCAUAGGUGUCCUCAAGCACCUGUACGACUUCCUCAAGUUGCUCCAUGCUGACAAAAGGAGAGAAUAUUUGUACCAGCUGCAAGAGUUCAUGGUGACUGACAACAGUCGCAACUGGAGGUUCCGAUACGAGCUGGCAGAGCAGCUCAUCUUGAUCAUUGAGUUGUACAGCCACUACGACGUCUACGACUACCUCAGGCAGAUCGCACUCACACUUUGCUCAGACAAGGUCUCAGAAGUCAGGUGGAUCUCUUACAAGUUGGUGGUGGAAAUCCUCCAGAAAUUAUACUCGAGUGGUGCCGAUGAUUUAGGCGUGAACUUCAUCAACGAGCUGACCGUCAGGUUCUGCCACUGUCCCAAAUGGGUGGGACGACAAGCUUUUGCCUUCAUCUGUCAGGCGGUGGUAGAGGAGGACUGCAUGCCCAUGGAUCAGUUCAGCCAGCACCUUCUGCCUAGCCUGCUCAGCCUCUCGUCAGACCCGGUGGCCAACGUGCGCGUGUUGGUAGCGAAGGCCCUGCGGCAGAGCGUCAUGGAGAAAGCCUACUUCAAGGAGGCGGGCUGUGCCUCUUCGGAUGAGCUGGAGGAAACGCUGAUGGCGCUCCAAUCAGACAAAGACCGCGACGUACGCUUCUUUGCCAGCCUAGACCCCGGCAAAGGCCUGACCCUGGACACGGCCCCCCUCAUUUAGAAGCCCACCCACUUUCUCAUUACCAGCACAGCUGAGACUGCAGAACACGAGCACACGGCGUUGCGAGGUGUGAUGCUUCACAACAAAAAGCAGUUUUCAGGAAAUGAGCAGGACUCAAUUUUUUUUUUUUUUUUUAAUCCUUCACACAAACCGCAAUCGACUCUCCGAAGCUGUGAGCUAAAAAUCGACCAUGUCUUAAAGGAACAGGCGGCGUCCGCUUCGACUCGUUGACGCUUGCGCUAAACUCAGGGGGACUCGCGCUAGCCCAAACUCCACCUUCAUGCCACCGCCGCUUACACUAACGACGAAAUAUGUGACACCGAUGAUGAAAUACCUCCUAGACGUGACUGGCUUCCUUUUGGUGAGCUCGUAAAAAACUUCCUCAUAAGGGCUGGCGCGCAUGGUAUGCAUGCCCCUCCUUAAAGACCCAGUUUUUGUGUAUAGUCUCCUUUGAGCUGUCAGUGGAUCUGAUCGAGCGCUUGUAUAGUAGCAUAAAAACACACCAUUCCACACCCUUGUGGCGGAAUGGUCCAUUUUUGAAGCGUCGUCCUCCGUUUUGUGUACAGUUUUUAAACCUGUGGACUAAAUAUGUCGUCACAUGACGGAAACAAGGCCAGUGUGAUGAAGGUCUGCCAUCACUUGUAAAUGUUUUUUUAACGAUUACAUACAUUGACUUAACAUGAUUCGAUUGUGCGUACGCCUCGCCGUAAAUGCGGCAUCGACUCAUCUCCUUUGUCCGAGUUUUGUGUUGUUCAUCUCAUUUUUUUUAAUGUAGAACAGUUAAUAUAUACUGUACAUUUUAUCGGAAAUUAUUUUUCUUCUCAAUUAUGCACCACUGUUCAAAGAUUUUAUAUCCUAACUUUACAAGAUUUUCAGACCUUUGUAAUAUUCAAUGGGUUCUUUUAAAAAGACAUUUUAUGUAAUGUUAUUUUUAGUACUCUGUAAAUAAAAUGAUGAAAAUUACA